CACAUGACUGUUUGGGCGGAUAUUAUACACCAUUUGUCUCAACACUCCUCCACUUGUACUCCAUCUGAGCUAAAGAUAUGAUUCUUCUUGAGAUUAACAAUCGUGUCGUCGAAGACGUCCUUCGGCUUAAGAUACAGGAAGUCGAAUCCGGCAAUAAGAUAGAGUCAGUGGACGUGACGGUCGCCGACUUCGAUGGCGUGCUCUUCCAUAUAUCAAACAUCAAUGGAGACAAAGCGAAGAUCCGGAUCAGUAUUUCCCUGAAGUUCUACAAAGAGCUGCAAAGUCAUGGCGCGGACGACCUCUUGCGCCGAGAAUACGGUUCACUACUUAUGACACCUCCGGAGGACGGCUAUAAUGUCUCCCUUCUGUUCGACUUAAAGAAUUUGCCCCAAAAUUAUGAACAACUCAUCCAAAAGGCCGGACUUCUUAAGCGCAACUGCUUUGCGUCGGUCUUCGAGAAGUACUUUGAGUUUCAGGAGAACGGAACGGAAGGCCAAAAGAGGGCUGUUAUCCACUAUAGGGAUGAGGAGACGAUGUAUGUGGAGGCCAGACCUGAUAGGGUGACUGUGGUCUUCUCGACCAUCUUCAAGGACGAGGACGACAUCGUAAUCGGCAAAGUGUUUAUGCAGGAGUUCAAGGAGGGCCGGAAGGCCUCCCAAACGGCACCUCAGGUGCUCUUCUCGCAUAGGGAGCCACCGAUGGAGUUGCAGAACACAGAGGCCCGGGUCGGCGACAACAUCGGGUACAUCACAUUCGUUCUGUUCCCGCGACACACCAACAAGAACUCCAGAGACAACACAAUCAAUUUGAUCCACACCUUCAGAGAUUAUCUCCAUUACCACAUCAAGUGCUCCAAAGCCUACAUUCACUCCAGAAUGAGAGCCAAGACCUCAGACUUCUUGAAAAUUUUGAACAGAGCCCGACCUGAGAAGCAAAAUAUCGAAAAGAGAACCAUUACUGGCAAAAUAAUGAAUGGCCGGAAGGCCUCCCAAACGGCACCUCAGGUGCUCUUCUCGCAUAGGGAGCCACCGAUGGAGUUGCAGAACACAGAGGCCCGGGUCGGCGACAACAUCGGGUACAUCACAUUCGUUCUGUUCCCCCGACACACCAACAAGAACUCCAGAGACAACACUAUCAAUUUGAUCCACACCUUCAGAGAUUAUCUCCAUUACCACAUCAAACUCUGCACUGUCUAUGAGAGCCCACAGUUCUCGCUGUCACUCGUGAGACGUAACUCUAACACAACAUAUAAUUUCUUAGCGAACAUCACAUUAAUCCGAUUCUUGAGAUAA